CAGCGAUACGUAGGCAUGACGUCACUGCAGACAGCGCGGAAAACUACAGCUGUGAGAGACGGAGGAGGAACCUUAAGAACGUUUAGAACCUUCAGGAUGUUCGUUUAUUUCUGUGGCAGCAUCCGCGGAGGCAGAGAUGACAUAGAUGUUUACCAGAAGAUCGUCAUCAAACUGAAGCAGUACGGAACCGUUCUGACGGAGCAUGUGAGCAGCACGGAACUCACUGAUCGAGGAGAGGACGCAUCAGUGGCAGGAGAUCGAUUCAUCCACGACCGAGAUGUUGAUUGGCUGCGACAGUCUGACAUCAUCGUUGCCGAGGUAACACAGCCUUCUCUGGGCGUCGGCUACGAGCUGGGCCGAGGCGUCGCCAUGAAGAAGAAGAUCCUGUGUUUGUUCAGACCAUCGUCAGGACGCACUCUGUCGGCGAUGAUCCGAGGAGCUGCUGAUGGAGAACAGUUUGUGGUGAAAGAUUACAAUGAGGACGAGGUGGAGACCAUUCUCGAUGAGUUCUUCAGCAACCUGAAGAGAACCUGAAGAACACACCAUAGAACAAGUCUGAUGCUGAAGGAAUAAAGUUUGAUUUAAAUCUG